AUGAACCGGAAAGCGCGGCGCUGCCUGGGCCACCUCUUUCUCAGCCUGGGCAUGGUCUACCUCCGGAUCGGUGGCUUCUCCUCGGUGGUAGCUCUGGGCGCGAGCAUCAUCUGUAACAAGAUCCCAGGCCUGGCUCCCAGACAGCGGGCGAUCUGCCAGAGCCGACCCGACGCCAUCAUCGUCAUAGGAGAAGGCUCACAAAUGGGCCUCGACGAGUGUCAGUUUCAGUUCCGCAAUGGCCGCUGGAACUGCUCCGCACUGGGGGAGCGCACCGUCUUCGGGAAGGAGCUCAAAGUGGGGAGCCGGGAGGCUGCCUUCACGUACGCCAUCAUCGCUGCCGGCGUGGCCCACGCCAUCACAGCCGCCUGCACCCAAGGCAACCUGAGUGACUGUGGCUGCGACAAGGAGAAGCAAGGCCAGUACCAGCGGGACGAGGGCUGGAAGUGGGGUGGCUGCUCUGCCGACAUCCGCUACGGCAUCGGCUUCGCCAAGGUCUUUGUGGAUGCCCGGGAGAUCAAGCAGAAUGCCCGGACUCUCAUGAACUUACACAAUAACGAGGCAGGCCGAAAGAUCCUGGAGGAGAACAUGAAGCUGGAAUGUAAGUGCCACGGUGUGUCCGGCUCGUGCACCACCAAGACAUGCUGGACCACGCUGCCGCAGUUCCGGGAGCUGGGCUACGUGCUCAAGGACAAGUACAACGAGGCUGUCCACGUGGAGCCCGUGCGAGCCAGCCGCAACAAGCGGCCCACCUUCCUGAAGAUCAAGAAGCCGCUGUCGUACCGCAAGCCCAUGGACACAGACCUGGUGUACAUCGAGAAGUCGCCCAACUACUGCGAGGAGGACCCGGUGACAGGCAGCGUGGGCACGCAGGGCCGCGCCUGCAACAAGACCGCCCCGCAGGCCAGCGGCUGCGACCUCAUGUGCUGUGGCCGCGGCUACAACACCCACCAGUACGCCCGCGUGUGGCAGUGCAACUGCAAGUUCCACUGGUGCUGUUAUGUCAAGUGCAACACCUGCAGCGAGCGCACCGAGGUGUACACGUGCAAGUGA